AUGAGCUGUUGCUGGCACGACGUCACGCCGCUUUUGCUCUUCAUCGCGGUAGCUGGUCACUUUCGUGCUCCUGGCCAUCUUGCGCAGCUCGCGUCAAUCGCUGUCGGCGGUCUGCGGCUGCACACGCGCGAUGGAGGCCGUCGCCGUCUCGCGCAGAUCCAGUGA